GUUCUGCAGAUGAUCGGAUUGCUGUUGGCCGUCUUUCGGUUCUGGUUCCGGUAUCGAAUACAACGGCUGUGGUGGGAAGACGCUUGGACGUUUGCCGCCUUCCUCUUCGCGAUCAUUUACCCAAUGGGAACUUGGUUGUAUGUGCAUUGUGGUACACAACACAUUUGGUGCUUCGGAGGACUGAAACCGACCUCGACGGUCGGGUUUUGGAUAUCCAGUUUCUCAUUCAACCCGGUGAUAUGGCUCGUGCGCCACAGUACAUUAUUCUCGGUGGCACGAAUUAUCAAUCCGUCCCUGACACUGCGAAGAAUGGUGCUGGGAAUAGGCUUGGUAUUUUUCCUGUUGUUUAUCUCCUUCAUGGCGGGAAAACUGUGGUACUAUUGCUAUGACUUGAGCUGGACGAACAACACGCUGUUCUUUGGAAACCCACUCCUCCCUUUGAGCACUAGGUUGGCUAUCUUUGAACUGACGACUGAUCUCGUCACCGAUGCAAUCCUUAUUACUCUGCCCAUAAAGCUCCUGUGGAGCGUCAAACUACUGACUCGACAGCGACGGAUGAUCCUAUUGAUUUUCGCCUCGGGCAUCAUGGUCACGCUCGCUGCUAUUUUCCGUGCCACAUGUCAACUCUUGGACCUUAGUCUGAUUAUCAAUCUAGCCAUGGAUGUUGAGGUCGCAUUGUCUAGCAUCAUGUGCAACUUACUCGUUUUCGUGACGUUCCUCUACCGUUAUGGCCUUUCAGCUUGCCACUCCCCCUCGACCAUAUUUGAUGAGGACGAUGAUUAUACCACGCCGGACCGACCACGCCAGACCACCCAGUUUCUAACGACAGUCGAAGUAGUCAGCUUGGGGUACUACUCUUCAGAGAACGUGGGGUCUACAUGGGACCGAUGGAUGCAUGAGCAACGCACCCUCUGGCAUGUCAGACACACACAUCUCCUCAGAACAGGGAUCCGAAAAAACGUGGAGUUGAUACCAUCUUAUCCCCACUCAUGUCUGCCGCCUCUCCCUAAUUUAUUUAUCCACUUUGACCUUGACAUGCGACUAACUCUUGGGGUUUUACCGCACAUUAUCACAUACCUACUGUCCCUCUUUGCGGCACCAGCGUAUUGCCUCGAUAACUCUGCGUUCUUGGAUGUAUUCAAACCCAUAUCACACAUUAAUGAGCCCGUCCCUCGUGAUCUUGAGUGUGAAAUCUGA